ACUUCCUCAUUCAGUGUGAAUUUCAUUUCCUUGUGUAAGUGCACAGGACCUCUUUAUUCAGAGAUCAGAGCUGUUGGUCAUGUGGGAGGGAUGAGGCGUAUGACUGAUGGGCAGUGGAGGCGAGGUGCUACUUCGGACCAUCUAUGGGAGAAACAGGAUGCGUGCUGACACAUCCAAACUAUUAUAAAUAUCCGCCAAUUUGCAGCAUAUCCCUACCUUUCUUGAGGAAGAACAGCAAGCUUCUUCAGAGCUUCUACAAUAACUUAUAUACUGCCCACAGAGGGAGACAGAGAAAUACCAAUUUGAACCAGCUGGUAACUCCUUGCAUUGGCAUCACACUGUUCCAGUUCUCUCAGUACUCACUCACUGACAAUGUGUGUAGGAAAGUGCACUCGAAUCCUGGGCCCAUGCCUGCUUGUCUUGGGAAUGCUCUCCAUUGCUGUCAACAUCUUCCUCCUUUUCCCCAACUGGUCAUGGAAGUAUCUACAGGAGGGCCACAUCACCAAGCAGGCCAUGCAAGCACCAGGCAUCUGGGGAGGAGGCAUGAUUGUUCUUCUGGCUGCAACUCACAUCACAGCUGUUGGAUGGCGAUGCGGCUGUUUCUCUGACUGCGGAACUUGGAGAAAUCUGUUCCUUUCCAUCAUCUUAUCAGGACUGGCAUUGCUGGGAUCUGCCGCCUGCUUUAUCAUGGCUGGACUAGGCUUGACAAAUGGACCCCUCUGCCUGUCCAAUGGUUCAACCCACAACCAGGAUGGAAUUCAGCACUGGAAUUAUCCUUUCUCAGACACAAGCAGCCAAGACUUCACCUCCAGGGCUGACAACUAUCUGUUUAACCAAUCGCUCUGGACCUCUGUCUGCAUUGAGCCCCCUCGUAUCGUACCCUGGAACAUCAGCUUAUUCUCCCUUCUGAUGAUCAUCAGUGCAGUUGAGAUGGUCCUGGCUUCCCUUCAGAUUAUCAAUGGUUUCUUUGGGUGUCUCUGUGGAUUUUGUGAAGGGAAAUAGGUUCAGUGCACUCCAGACUUGUGUUUGACUGGAAUGGACCGUGAAGAGUAGAGGAACAGUUUCCCUGAACCUCCAGUUGUCCACACCUGUAAGACAUUUACGCUUAUCAUGGUCUCCUGGAGAGACCCAUUAGGUGACCACUCCAGGUUAAUCUAUUGGAUGGGAGUUUUCAAUGCUCUCAGAAUUGCUGCUACCAAGUCAACUCCCUGCACUGGCUGGAGCUGGAGUGCUGGCUUGGUGCUUUGUGUUAUACAGACUGCAAUAGUUUCUGUAGGAACACGGUGUCCUGACUCACUGGGGCCGUUGUAAGGACUCCAUCUGGCUCCUACAGGCAGAGACCAAGUGGGGGGUGGAAAAAAUCCAUUAAGCCUGUUUCACUAGUCUGGAAAGGGGGUGACAUGUGUUGUUGCUGGCAGAGGAGGAAUGCACAAGCCCUUCCUCCAGGGGAGAUGAAGGUGCAAGCCUAGAAAGAAGCCAAGCACCAAAUGCUACGUGGGCCAGGGGUCCCACUGGAGAACAAAUGAAACUGGAGUCACCUGACUUGGAUUUUAACACCCUACCAGGAUGUUUAAUCUGCCUGGGGUAAACUCCUGUAGAGGCUAGCAGUCAACUGACCUUGGAAACCAGCCUGUCAGAGGACUAGUGAUUAACAGAGAGUGGGAGAAACUCUGGAUGGAACAUGUGAGCCAUAAGCUGACACUUUUGUGCUAGGGACGGUGGCUCUUGCUCAUCACAAGGAAGGGCACGAGCCCUAUUUUUUUCUUUUUGCGCAACUGGGGUGAUGUCUGACUAGAUAGUGAACUAAUAUUUAUAGUGGCUUUAAUCCAAGAGAAUCUUUUAUUUUUUCACACUGCCUCUUAUUUAUUUUCUCCAAAAAACCUGUUUUCUCUAAUAAAUCUACGGGUAAACUGA